AUGCGCAGAAGCCAAUUUCCUUUUCCGCGUGUGUCAGGGCGUUUACUUCCACCCCCUUUUUUCCUGUAUCGGGUUCAAGGAAAUUGAUGAGUAUAUUGAUCGACGCUGCUCAAGUACAAUAAAAAUGGCGUUUAUGAGAAAAAGCAAAUUUCGACACGUCUUCGGACAGGCCCUGAAGAGAGACCAGUGUUACGAUGGUGUUCGCAUCACUCGCACGUCCUGGGAGUCCACGUACUGCGCGGUCAACACCAAGUUUGUGGCCAUCAUCACUGAGGCUGCUGGCGGUGGUUCUUUCCUGGUCCUUCCCAUUGGCAAGCCCGGCCGCGUGAGCAUCGACAACCCGAUGGUGGCCGGCCACAGAGGGGCGGUCCUGGACGUGGCCUGGUGUCCGCACAACGACGAGGUCAUCGCCAGCGCAUCGGAGGACUGCACCAUCAAGCUGUGGCAGAUACCGGAAGAGGGGCUCACCGCCAACCUGGAGGAGCCCGUGGUGGACCUGGUGGCCCAUCAACGUCGUGUCACCAUGCUGGUCUGGCACCCGACCGCCAUGAACGUGCUGCUCAGUGGCAGCUCAGAUAAUACCUGCAUCCUGUGGAACGUUGGCACGUGUGAGCCCAAGCUCCAGAUCGACAUGCCCGACCAGAUCUACUCGGGCUCCUUCAACCUGGACGGCAGCCGCUUUGUCUGUACCUGCAAGGACAAGAUCCUGCGUGUGCUGGACACUCACUCUGGGGAAGUGUUGCAGGAGGGCAAAUGUCAUCAGGGCUCAAAGCCUGCACAAUGUGCCUAUCUGAAGACCGGUCAGAUCUUCACCACUGGAUUUUCGAGAAUGAGUGAGAGACAAUAUGCUCUAUGGAACGAGAACGACCUGAGUUCUUCCGUCGUUAUGGAGGAGAUUGACUCCAGCAACGGUGUGAUGUUCAUUUUCUACGACCCUGACACCGGCAUGGUCUACCUGGCUGGCAAGGGAGACAGCUUGAUCCGCUACUACGAGGUGACAGAUGAGGCCCCCUACGUGCACUACCUGGCCCUCUACCAGUCCAACUCCCCGCAGAGAGGCAUCGGCUACAUGCCCAAGCGAGGCCUCAAUGUCAAUAACAAUGAAAUUGCCAGGUUCUACAAACUUCAUAACAACGGCCUUUGUGAGGUCAUUCCAUUCACUGUGCCACGUAAGUCUGAGCUCUUCCAAGACGACUUGUACCCGGACACUGCCUCUGACGUGCCGUCCAUAUCAGCCGAUGACUUCUUUGACGGGAAGAACGCCAAGCCCCUACUGGUUUCGCUGAAGGGAGGAUUUGCGUCCAGCAAAAAGGAAAUACUGAAGGUGCAGCGGCGAUCCAACAUCUUGGACAAGAUGCCGGCCAAAGCACAGCAGCAGUCCAACAACGCUGAAGCUGCCGCCGCCCCCGCUCUGCCUCCUCAAUCCGGCAAAGUGGAUGGGGUGGAUGUGAAAGAGUUGAUGAAAGAAGUGACUGAGCUCAAGGAAAAAGUCAACGCCCAGGACAAGCGCAUCGGGGAGCUGGAGACGCGCCUGGCAGCUUUGGAGACGAGCAACAACACGGACGAGGAGGAGGUGGCGUAGAUAGGAGGCGCGGGGCCCAGCGCCUGUUGUGUACAGUACGGCAAAACCUUGGUUGUGCGUACUCUCUGUGGGACCGCGUGCGCUUUUUGUUACAAAGUACACGGUUCUACGUCUUCCAGUCCCGGGGUAGCUUCCUUUACUUACGGUUGCUAUGAUUUUUUUUUUUUUUGAUUAAAAACAUCUUUUUUUUUUUUGUUGGUGUUUUUGUAACGAGGGAGAGGGGGUAUGCCGUACCGAGGUUUUGGUGUAUUUCUCCUAGGGGAAUGACACGCAUGCUAUGACAAUAACGUCUGUAGGGCAGCUUUUUGUCAAAGCUGUGACUUUUGACUUAUCAUCAUCCAAUUGUUUAGUUGUAGUACUGAGGUGAGUGUGAGUGGAUGUUGUUGCCUUCUGUUUUAUGGUUUGCCCCCAAAAAAGUAACUUUUUUUUGUAAUACUGGACUCUGGAGGAAGGAUUGAGAGCGUAUUCUUUGAGUAUUAUCUACAUAUUGUUCUAGUGAAGCUAAAAAUCAUCUGCAUGAAAAAA